CCAGUAUGUUUUCGGUAGAGGGGCGUGAGGCACUUCAUAGAUUAAGCAGGUGACAGGGCGGGUCUCCAGUCUGUCAGUCCUGCCGGCUCGGCUCAGGUGUCGCUCUUCUCAGGUAACGGAUCCUCAACAGGCGCGCGACUGUCAACCUCUACCGGGCGCAAGUUUCAGGAUGCAGCAGGACCUCUGGCUGAAAGCAAAAGCUCGGGUCUUGGCAUCUUUAAAACCUGUGUGGGCAAUGAAAGCCACCAGUAAUAACAAUGAGGCUGGCCAGAUUGAGCUUAAGAAAGACAAUGUUAAUGAUGACACAAUCGUCAGUGUUACACAUAAAGUUUCAGUUUUUCCUACUAAAACAUCAAAUCCUGCUAAGUCAACAAGGACACAUCAGGAGUUGCACAAGGAGCUUCUCCUUGUCCACAAAAGAGGAUUAGUGGUAAAAAGUAAACCAGAACUGCAGCAAGUGUUAGAGAAACGUCGUCUGGACAGAACAAAAAAAGAGGAGUGUGAGAGAGAUAGAACUCCCCUUGAAGAGGAACUUAUGAGGAGAGUGCAGAAGCAUGAAGAGAAAGAGCGAAUGGAAGCCAAGGCAGAAAAAGAAAAUAACCAAGAGUUUCUCAUGGUUAAAGCCAAUCUGAGGAAGACUGCACAUAUCAGGCAAGGGAACUCUUCAUCAACAGCCCAGUCGUGACCUGAUAUAUUGGUGGAUUCUUUAGUUACCAGAGCAGCACUUACCCAAGAGACACUGAAAGGAAGGAUUCUAGUACAAUUUUAUUUUAUCUCACAUUUCUCCUACAAUAAUAACAUUUUUGGAGUGACUGUAUGAGCCUGCUGCACUGAUGCAGCACCAGGACAACAAUUUGUUCUAAAGCAAGAUUGACUUUAUAUGAAAUAAUUUUUGAGAUAGUAUGUCUUAGACUAUGGCCUUCUAUCCUGGGAAUUCAGCAUGUUCUGUUAGUGAAUGUAUUUUAGCCAAUGAAUAUAUUUUUCUUAAUGCAGUAUUUGAAACAUAAAUUUAAAUGAGUUAAAAAGCAUUUAGUUGUUUAUAUUUAUUAAGUGAUAUUGUUUAAAGUUAUGAGUUAAAAUGUUGGUGACAAGUUAAAAUGACAUUUAAAAAAGCUCCUGUGAAAUGAGUAUCUAUGUUUUUUAAAUGCAGCUAUGAUUCAUUCUUCUUAAUUUGUUUCUACAGACAUUUAUUUUAAUUUUAAAGUGGGUGAAAUUUUCAAUAAUAAAACACUUAUUUAUUUA